AUGGGGGCCAAGAUUGAGGUCCCUGCUGGUUCUCCAUUUACCAUUCACAACAUCCCAUUUGGUGUCAUCUCGACCCAAGACAGUCCCAAACCGCGCUGUGCCACUGCCAUUGGUGACUAUGCCAUCGACUUGGCUAUCUACGCUCAGCAUGGAUUUCUCACUGAUUCUGUGGGACCGUCUGCCGUGGAAGUCCUCUCUAAGCCAUCUCUCAAUGUGUUUUCGACUUUUGACUACUUAGUACGAAAGGCCGUCCGCGAUGGCUUGAUUGCCAACAUUACGGAUGGAAAAAUUCCAGAAGACAGCCUUGUCAAAUUGGAUGCAGUGACUAUGCAUCUACCCUUUGAAAUUGGCGGCUUCUCCGAUUUUUACUGCUCUAUGGAGCACGUUCAAAACUGCACUCCCUUGUCAAAGGAGGCUUCGAUACCAAUUAACUGGUAUUAUGCUCCUUCUGUAUACAAUGGGCGCGUGUCCAGUAUUGUUCCCUCGCCUCAGCCAAUAAGACGACCACGCGGCGUGUCUUUCAACCCUACUAACGGUAAACCGAGUUAUGGACCAUCUCUGGGAUUGGACUAUGAGUUGGAAAUGGGCUAUUUUGUCUCAAAGCCAGUAAAACAUGGAUCAGAGCUGGAUAUCAAAAAUGCGGAUCAGCAUAUAUUUGGCUUUGUUUUGCUCAACGAUUGGUCCUCUAGAGAUCUCCAACUUUUUGAAAUGCCGCCGCUGGGACCCUUCAAUGGAAAGGGAUUCGGUACAUCGGUCUCCCCUUGGGUAGUGACCAUGGACGCGCUUCAACCGCAUCGAUGCGAACCAAAGACCAAGCAAGAUCCUCCACCAUUUGACCACCUCAAGUGGCCUACAGAGCAGGACGCAACAUUCGACAUUAAGCUCGAGGUUGAGUUAAUUCGGGAUGGAAAAAGCCACUCGCUUGCAACUAGCAAUUUGAAAUACCUUUACUGGACACCAUUCCAGCAAAUCACGCACCAUGCAUCGGCCAUGUGUGGCCUUAACACAGGUGAUUUGCUUGGUACUGGAACAGUCUCAGGCAGUGGUGUCGACAGCAAUGGUAAGAAAGCAGAACUCGGCUGCUUAUUGGAAGCCACUCAGGCAGGAACCAAGGAUUUGGAACUACUUGAUGGCACUAAAAUAAAGUGGUUGAACGAUGGAGACGAGGUCAUACUGAAAGCCUGGUGUGGCGACAAGAAGGGAGAGGGUGCAUGGUUUGGGUUUGGUGAAUGUCGGGGCAAGAUUCUUCCUGCUCUUCAGUAG